AUGGGGCAAACCACGUCGAUACAAGAAGACAAAAUGAAGAAACGUAUUCGGCAGACUAUGGGCACAUUUAUGGACUUUGGUACGCAUUUAAAAAAUGCCAACGAGUGGGCUCAAAUCUGCGCAACCCCUAAAAACUGCUAUUUGUCGUUUCGCAUUGUAAUAAAUCCGGAAGUAUCAGCAGAGCUUUUACCGUAUCUGUGGCGAAUUCGUGGCAAUGUGGCCGUCGAGGUACGCAAGAUGCGGAGAACUGUGGAAAGGCAAGCGAAUCUGGCUGACUUUCGCGUCGAAAUCCCACGCGACCCAUCGUACGCACAAGAUUACCUUGAGACGAUCGGUCAGGCCAAGACGCUGACGAUUGCUCAGUUUUAUUAUAUCUACUGCUUCCUUUCUGAUGUUAAGGCCUGUGCUGCACAUACCGUACGUUUCUCUGAGAAGACGACUAGUACUUGCGAGACUGAAUUUGAUGAAACCGAGUGCCAAAUUUGCAUGGACAAGAAGAAGCAGGUUGUACUGCCUUGUGCUCAUAGUUUCUGUCUGAAUUGUUUUCAGCACUGGAGCACACAGAGUGAGACUUGUCCAAUUUGCCGCACAGUAUUCAAUUGCUCGGAAGGCGAUGAAUUGUGGCAUCUCGCGUCAAAUGAAGUGGAAGAUCUGGGCUCCUACGCAACGGAUUUGGUGGCACGUAUUUACGAAUUUUUGGAUAAGCGCGAGAAAUCGAAAUAUACGGAGGAGGACAUAAAGCGGUCAGUAGAGCUAUACUCGGCAGCGGUUUCUGUCAAACAGACGCCACUGCGUAAAUUUGUGUAUUCUGAACUAUUUCCAACGGCGUUGCCACUCGGUGUCCCAUCAAUAUUGCGCAGUGGCAUUCGAUUUUCGACAGAACAUGACUCGGACCUGAUGCUUGCACUUGAAGUGGCGGCGGGCCAGGAUCAAUAUGCAGCAAUGCAACACUAUGAGCAGCUCAAGCGAGACCAGAUAUUAGCCUCGACCAUGGCGUUGCAAUCGGACAUCGAUGAAAGUCCUAACGAGUCGUAA